AUGUUGCCUUGCGACCACUCUACAUAUUUUAGUUACAUAAAAUUUCAUUUAUGGAAAUUUUUCAAUGGUCAACAAGACAGCAAUCAUUUAGCAUCAAAAAGAAAUGAAAUAAAAUGUAAAAAAGAAGAAAGAAAGAAAGCUCAAGUUGCAUGUCAGUUUCAUAACGCCAUAACUCAAAUCAUAUUUUCUCUCCCCUUUCCUAUACUUAUGCACGGAAAGCAUUUUUCCUUCAUGCCACACCGACGUAAGAAAUGUAUGAAGCAUUGUUAUUGUGUAAUAGAAGAUGGGGACAAAAGCGAAGCCAUUGUUAGAUUUUGGAACAAACUUAAGGGGGAUUGUCAAAAGCAAUUAAGGAUAGAUUGA